AUGGAUUCCACGCCUCAGUCACCUAUAGUUGAUUGUAGAUUCACUUUUGAAAGCGUGAGAAAUUGGAAAUAUGAUCAAGUAGCUUGUUGGCUGCAAGAAAAUAAUUUUCGAGAAUAUCAAAAGAUAUUUUCAGAAAACGAUAUAAACGGAGAUGUCCUAUUAGAAUUAGAUCAUGAAAUCCUCAAAGAAUUGAGGAUCAGAUCAAUCGGUGAGCGCGUUAGGAUCCUUUUAGCAGUCAAAACUUUGCUAAAGUGCUGCGUAGGAAAUACUGCUCCUUAUGCUCAUCCUAUCAAAUAUUAUCUACCAAAGGACUUGAAUUCGCCUGAUUCUGACAGAUUCCCAGUAUCUCUCAGCAGAUCUAGUUCAAAAGCAAGCACCAUAUCUCGAUCUAAUUCUACUUCAUCGCGAAAAAAUCAUGAAUAUCCUUUACGGAGUCCUCAACAUACCAAACAACAUCACGAAGUAUCAAAUUCCUUAGAAAGUGUAAAACAGCGUGUCAUCAAAGUUAUCGGUGAAGAUGGUGCAAUGCGAACUAUUUAUAUUAAUAAUGUAACCGAUGCUAAAUCUAUUUUAGCAAAAGUUUUGCAAAAGUUUAAUAUUAAUGAUGAUGUUGAAAAAUAUUCGUUAUUUACAACUUUAAGCGAUUCUGGUUCAGCUCGAAGCUUAUCUGAUGAAGAAUUAGUGAAAAUUUGUAGAAGUUCAGAUAAACCGGAAAGAGAUAGACUUAUUUUACGCAAGAAGCAUGUACAUAUGAGUUUUGAACAAUUAAAACGUCGGAAUAGAGAUAAAAAAUUAGAAAAUUUCUUUGGAGAAAAACCUCCAUCAUCACAAGUUGGAAUAUCACAAAAAAAUUUAAGAAAUUUUUUUGGUCAACGGCCUCCUUCAGAACUGAUUUCAUUGAAUCUUACAGAAUAUUUUCCCGGACAUAAUAGUGAAGAAUUAGAACGAAGUUGUAGAAAUUCUGUUAGAAGGGCAUCAAGACUUUCCUCCGCUUCUAAAUUUUCUAGGCGUAAAUCGAAAAGAAUGUCUUAUUUAUAUGAUGAUGAAAAGGCUAAUACUUUUCUAUCACCUAUGGAUUAUUCAGAAACAGCAAUUGGCGCUUUGAUCGGAAUGGGAUCUUUUAGCAGUGUGUACUUAGGACUUAAUGCUAUUACUGGAGAAUUAAUGGCAGUUAAGCAAGUUGAAUUACCUACAGGACAAUCUGCAAAUGAGGAGAGAAAGAAAUCUAUGUUAGAUGCUUUACAAAGAGAAAUUACUCUUUUAAAGGAUUUACAUCAUGAAAAUAUUGUGCAAUACCUUGGUGGAUCAGUUGCAACUAUGCUUAAUAAUUAUGGUCCAUUAGAAGAAACAUUGGUUAGGUCAUUUAACAGGCAAAUUUUACAAGGAUUAAACUACCUUCAUGAGAAGGAUAUUAUUCAUCGUGAUAUCAAAGGCGCUAACAUUUUAGUUGACAAUAAGGGAGGUGUCAAAAUAUCAGAUUUUGGUAUUUCAAAAAAAGUUGAAGACCGUUCAGUGUUUUGGAUGGCUCCAGAAGUUGUUAAACAAACUCCUUAUACAAGCAAAGCAGAUAUAUGGAGUUUAGGAUGUUUAAUUGUAGAAAUGUUCACAGGAGAUCACCCAUUCCCUGAAUUUAAUCAAAUGCAGGCCAUGUUUAGGAUUGGAUCUCAAUCAUGUUCACCUGAAAUACCAGAAGUAGUAUCAAAUGAGGCAAAAGAGUUUUUGAGAAAGACUUUUGAAUUUAUGUUGCUUCAACAAAUUAGUUCGGGAAAGUCCAAUGGAUUUGUCCAAAGUUUUCAUACCGCAUACUGGGAAAAUUCCCGUUACAUUGUAUAUGGUUCAGGUAAUAAACUUGUAAUUUAUAAUGGACUUUCCGAAUUGAUCCAAACAAUCGAUGCGUCCGAAUUUUUGAAAGGAUCACCGAAUCAAGAUAAAAUUUUUUCUACAGAGAUUUCAGAAUUUGAUGGAAAGAUUGCUAUAACAAUUGGAACAAACGUACUUAUAUUUAAACCAAUUCAAAACAAACAUAUGAAAGUACAAUGGUCUUUAUUGAAAAUACUGGAACAUAAUUAUCCUACAUUUUGCACUUCAUGGAGUUUAAUUAAUGGUCAACUCUUGGUGGGUGGAGGAGCCAUUGUUCUUUGGGAGCAAGAUAAAUCUGGCGAAGAUAAUCAUAACAAAUGGACCAAAAUAUGGGAACAAAGAGUUGCAUCUAAUAUAAUUCAUGCUGAAAUUUCUCCGGAUUCUACAUUAUUUGCUACAGUUGGAGAGUAUGAUAGAUUUGUUAAAAUUUGGUGUUGUCCCCAAGGUGAUUACAAGAACUGGAAAUCCAAAUUUCAUUAUUUGCCACAUCCAAGAUCCGUGACAAACUUGUCAUGGCGUAAAGGUCCAAUUGAACAGAUAAAUUCACAAGGCAGCAACAUUCUUUUGACAGUAUGCAAGGACGGGAUAUGUAGAAUAUGGGCUGCAACGAAUCCCGAAGAACCUCACAAUCUUUAUAUAUGCACAGUAGUUGAUCCUGAACAAUCGUUGGUGACUCUACCUUCUUCAGAAGAAGAAAGAAUUUGUCACGGAGAUCCUGAUUGUUACUCGCCCAUUCAUUGGAUACAUCCAAGAGAAUUUCUGAUAUCUCUGAAAUUGGCUAUAGAUUCUUUUGAUAGUGAAAAAGAACAAACCCAGAUAGGUGCUGGGUUAAAAAAAUUGAAAGAUCUUGCAAAUGAUACACCGGAUUUGUUGUAUCAGAUUCAAAAAGAUGGUUCUAUGGUUAUUUGGGGAAUAAGAAAUGUUUAUUGUAGACCAAGACGUAUUCCAAAAGUUCUCGUUUUACUUCGUGCGUCUCAGGCGCUUCCACCAUCUAAUGCCGAAUAUUUUCAUGGAAGCACAUUUGUAUUUCAUGAUAAUACAAGUUCUGAUUUUAAGAGCACUUCAGUAGAACUUACAAUAUUAGCCCAGAGUCCGCAAGGUCGGAUUAACAAAUAUUCAACUCGACUUGUCGAAGUAUUUGAAAAUUUAUCUCCAUUGCAAUUGAAGUAUUCAUGGAGUGGUCAUCGUGAUCAUGUCAAAACUAUUAUCAAGUCUCCUGGAACUGAUUGUUUCGUUUCACUUACUAAUGAUGGAAAAGAAGCAAUCUUGUGGGAUAUCACGAAGCCUGACAUAUCGCAGCUUGUUGAACAAAUUGGCCCAAAAAUUAUCGAAAAAGCUCCGGUUUAUGUGGACUCGCAAAUCAAGCUUGCAUGCGUGCUUUCUGAUGGUAUUUCACUACAAUUUAAAUUCAUCUCUUAUUCUUUCAAAAACUGUGAUAAUUUUCAUAAGACGGUUGUUUUCGAUGAUUACGAUGCUUCUUAUGAAUUGCUCUUAUUAUUUGCUUAUCAACACAAGACGACUACAACAUCUUUUCCUACUUAUGUUGUUGGAAUAAGCUCCAAAAAGAAUACAGUUUUUUGUUGGACGUUUUCAUAUGGUGAAGGUCAUACAGGUCCAAUAAUUAAUUUUGUUUCAAAGACUUGUCUUCCUAUUGACAGUCAGGUUACAAUGGCCAUUUCUGUCGAACAGUGGGCAGGGUCUAAUAUAAGACGUUAUCCAUCCGAAAACUUGUCUCCUCCUAUAUUACUAACAUAUUCCGACGAAGGUUAUAUCAGAUAUUGGCAAGCCAAUAUGAAAUAUAAUAGCGACGACCCUAAUAAUGAUAAAGUAUUGUGGAUGGAAGAAGUUGUUUUUGACAUUGGAGAGAAAAAAGAUACUGUGUUAAUCAAAUGUGGCCCACAAGGGAAAGCUGCAGAAAAUGGUUAUGAAUUGACAAUAUGGGAAUGUAUAACUAAAAGAUUACCACCUGCCAAAGAUUUUAUAGAAGGAUUUAGUGAAAAGAUUGUUGAUAUAGAUUGGCUUUUCACAUCUAACGCCGAGAUUGUAUUAGCUGUGUCAACGUCACAGAAAAUAUAUAUUUAUACUCAGCUUCGUAAGCAUCAUGUUUCCGAGCGAGGCUCUUGGAUUAUGUUUUCAGAAAUUGAUAAACCUUGUAAUGUUGCACUACCUAUUUCUGCUAUAUCUUGGGGAAGUGGAGGUUCACUUAUUGUAGCUAAUUGUAAUCAGUUUCGUUGUUAUAAUAAAUGGUUAACAGAAGAAAGUAAUAAAAAAGUUUCUAGUAUAACUGGAAUCAUUCAAAAGGAUCCUACAUUAUUUCAUGUUGUUGACCAUUUGAAUGGUCCUUUACCACAUCAUCACCCAACAUUGCUUUUACAACAUAUUCUUUGGGGUAAAAUGGAUUUAGUUAAGCAAAUCCUUGCUCAUCUUUAUAAAUUCCUUAAAAUAUUAAUUGGGUCAAAUAAACCUAUUAAGCGACUCCUUCCCUUACCAUUUGAUAAAUUAUUCCAAGCCCAAGAUGAAACGCCAAAGCCAUCAACAAAAACUCGUCGUUAUAGUAGUCUUUUUGGAGAGGAUAGUGAUGAAGAAGGAUCUCAAGAAACUUUACUCGAGUUUACGGAGGAAACGGCUAACUUCUUGAGUGAACAAUUAAAGGUCAUUUCAUUGCCUGAUUUGUCACAUGUCGAACAAGCACAAUUGCUAGCUUUAAUUGAUACUAUUAAUCAGGUAGAACAUCAAAAACGAAGUUUGGAUGAAAAUGGCGUUCGUUAUGUUUUAUUUAUGCGACGGUAUCAUUAUUUAAAUCGGUAUAAACUAUCUUCUGGCAUACGAACACCUGGUUUAAAUUAUCGAGAUAUGAACUGGGCAUUGCAUAGUGAUUCUCAGGAUCUUUUAAUAGAAUACAGUAUCCAAGCAUCUGGCGGGAAAUUUUUAUGGAAAGAUGCAAGAAUACACGGAAUUUUUUUAUGGCUUCGGAGUAAUGAGUCAGUUCGACAACAAAUUGAAAACGUUGCUCGUAAUCAUUACAUGUCAAAAGAAGAGAGAGACCCAACGGAUUGUUCUCUUUUCUAUAUGGCAUUACGAAAAAAGAAACUAUUGUUAGGAUUGUGGAGGACUGCUAAUGCACACAAAGAACAAACUCUCAUGUUGAAGUUCCUUGUAAAUGAUUUUACUGAACCUAGAUGGAAGACAGCAGCUUUGAAGAAUGCUUAUGCCUUGUUAGGCAAACAACGUUAUGAAUAUGCGGCAGCCUUUUUCCUCCUUGGAGAUCGGUUAAAAGAUGCUGUUAACGUGUGCUUAAAGCAUUUAGAUGAUUUUCAAUUAGCUAUCGCCAUUGCCAGAGUUUAUGAAGGUGAAGAAGGCCCUGUUUUGAAGAGUAUAUAUGAAGAUCAUGUCAUUCCAUUGGCAAUAAGAACAGGAGAUCGAUGGUUGGCUAGCUUGGCUUUUUGGUCAUUGAAUCAGAGAGAUAAAGCCGUGAAAGCAAUUAUGGUACCCUUGGAAACGCUGUGUGAUCAUAAGAUAGAAUCAACACCUUUAACCACCGAUUCUCCUGAUGCGGCUUUAAUAGUUUUAUAUAAGCAGUUAAAGGAUAAAUCUAUUCAAACACUAAGAGGAGCAGCAGAAAUAUCGUUUGAAAAAGAAUAUUUCUUUGUGUUAAGAAGUAUUUUUGCUUAUGAUCGUAUGGGAUGUCCGCUAUUAGCUCUUUAUCUUGUACAAACAUGGACUUUUUCACCGCAAUCAGAUCCAGAAAGGCCAGAUCAUAUUUUAAAAUCUAGACGUCGAACAACGAUUUUUGAUAUACCAUUAGCAGCAAGUGAUGAUGUGAUCUCAAAAGGUGUUGUUAAUUUUGAUACAUGGAGUUGGGAUGCACCAAUUUCACCAGUUUCGCCGAUUUCCGUUAAACAAAUAACGGAUAAAGCUGAAGAUAUUUUUUCAGAUGAACCAAGUCCUAUGGUUAGUCCUAUCACACCCAAAAGAAUAUCAUUUACUGAUACAACGUUUAAAGAUUCAUCAGAUGAUAAUAAUGUUUGGGGAUGGGAUUCACCUAGACAUUAUCAAAAAGUAAACUCGUUUAAAGCAAAAAAGACUGAUAUCUUUGCUGAAAAGAUUAGUAAAAAUGAUAUUGAAAAAGACUCAGAAAAUAUUACAUUAUUAGAUGAUAUAGAUUUUUAUGAUUAUAAAGUUUCAUUGGUUAAAAGAUUAUGUCAGCAAUUAUUGGAUGCGGUGAUGACUUUCCAAGAAGAACCAGAAUUAUUCGAACAAAAUACCUAUUAUAAUGAUUAUGUUAGCAGAGUCGAACAAGGAUUGGCAACAAUAUGUGAAAAUGUUAAAGUUCCAAUGGCAGAUAUCAAAGAAUUAUUAAUAUCAUAUCCUUUAUAUAAUGAAAUUUAUCAAAUUAAUCAUUUGGAAUUCUAUCAAAAUAACACGAAAUUAAUUUCUGGAGAUGCUGAAGGAAUUAUUAUAAUAUGGGAUAUGAACACUAUGCGUCCCACAUUACAAUUUAAAGCACAUAAUGAAGGAAUUUUGAGAUGUAUGUUUUUAAAUAAUAAAUUGAUCAGUCAUGGCAGAGAUAAUUUAUUAAAAUUAUGGAAAAUUGAUCGGAAUUCUUUAAAUGAUGAUAAGAGGUUUAUAACGGAGGAAAAGAUUGUAGAAAUAAAGGAUGAUGAUGAUGAGCCUAAACUUGAAAAGUGUCUAUCAGUAAAUUCCUUGAAUUUUUGUAAAUUUGAUUAUUGUUUUAAAGGAGACAAUGAUCAAGAUAUCUUGAUUGCUUUACCAAGUUCAAAAGGAUCUGCUGCUAUCGAUGUGUGGAAUCUUUCAAAUCAACAACGCAUUUUAGGAUUUGAUGGAAAACAGGAGACUGAAGGGUAUUGCAUGGCUAUAAAGUUUUUUCAGCAUCCAACAAAUAAAUCUGAGUAUCUAAUUUUAUCAGCAUAUGAAAAUGGUGGUGUUAUUUUGUGGUCUUUUUCUUCCAAUAAAUCCAAUGAUGAUGAUGUUAAUGAAGAAUUGUUCUCCGAAAGAUUAUGGAGCGUAAAACAACAUAAAGAAACAGUGUUAGCAUUGGACGUUUCGAAAAAUCGAAAAUUUGCAAUCUCGACUGCGGGAGAUAAGAAGAUUGUAAAAUAUAACUUUAAUGAGAACUUUGAAAAAGAACCUUUAAUUAAUAGCAUUACAAUAAAAUCUGCUGGAAUCGCUGAUAUUAAAAUACGAUCCGAUUCAAAAAUUUUUGCUACAGCCGGAUGGGAUUCAAAGAUACGCGUUUUUUCUUCAAAAACAAUGAAACCUUUAGCUAUAUUGUCAUAUCAUAAAGAAAGUGUUUACUCGUUAGCAUUCGCUCAUGUUUUUUCACAGGAGGAUAAUAAUAAUACUUCAAUUGAAAAUGAAAUUGAUGAAAGUGUGUUGAAUCAUUUCCUAGUAGGUGGUGGAAAAGAUCGUAGAGUCACUUUAUGGGAAAUUUAUUAA